AUGCCAUCCGCAGCCGAUUCCUUCACGUCUUCUCUCCUGGACCGCGAUGCACAGCCCAAAUGUAGUCGAAUGGGCUUGGCCGUGUUUGCUUGCCUUCAGAAUGCCAUCAUCGGUGGCAUAGUCUUCGGUUGGGCAUCGAUCGACAGAACAAUGCUGGCAGCGGCUCCUGAAGAUGGCGGAGCAAACUUGACCGCCAUUCAAACAACCCGUCUCUUCACUUUUGCAUCCAGUACUGCCAUGCUGGCAUCCCUUUGUCUAGGACCAAUCUUGGAUGCAUAUGGCCCUCGAGCUUGUCUCGUAGUGGCUCAUGUCUUGGUGGUUCUAGGCUGUGCCUGCUUUGCGUUGUCAACCGAGAUGUGGCAAUUCUCUCUGUCGGUCAUUUGCAUUGCCUUUGGUGGCCCUGGCGUGGGCUUGUCCAUCAUCCACAAUGCCAAUUUGUUCCCCAAAAACCAAUUUCUGGCCGUCAGUGUUCUGGCUGGGAGUAUCACAUUGAGUUUUUCUGUUUUGGCAAUGCUGAAUAGCAUUUGGGAGCUAUGGCAUGUCGGCUUUCGGUCUCUCUUUGGGGGCUACAGCCUUGUGGCAGCCGUGAUGCUGCUUGGAACCGUUCUCAUCUCUCCAGAUGCGCCUUACGAAAAGGAAGAAGCAGGCGACGAUGACAACUCUAUUUUCAGUUUUGACUCACCAAAUCAGGACGAUUUCUAUCAUCCGUCGGCAGAAGAAGAUUAUGUUGAUGCUGCCCUGUAUACGUAUGCACAUCAUCAUGAACAUCCCUUCCUGAUGACGGACCAGUCCUUGCGCUCGACAUUGCGCCGUGAUGGCCUUGACGACGAUGACGACGACGAGGAAGAUUGUAAUGAACAGUCUGCUCUGCACAAGAAUAAAAGUCCGUUGCGAAAGCAUCAGUCGUUUCUUCUCUCCAAGAAGGCCGUGCAGUCUCACAACGAGAAAGCGCUCCAAGCAAUGAGUCUCAAGGACCAGCCCUUCCUAGUACAGCUACGAAGCUCCACGUUUGCAAGAGGAGUUUUGAUCUUUAUGGUUACAAGUUUCCUGGCCAACUUCACCAUUGCAUCCCUCAACACGGAGCUGGAAGAUUUGGCACAGUUUCCUGUUGGAGUGCAGCAUGAUCUCUCCCAGCAGUUCACAUGGUUGCUCUCUCUGGGCAUGCCAUAUUCUGUGUUGGUGGGAUGGCUCAUGGAUAAAGCGGGCUUGGAAAUCUGUACACUCCUAACGUUGAUUCUGGGACAAGUCAGUACAUUUCUGAUAAUGGUUCCAUCCUUUGUGCCCUUUGGAGCUCGCGCAGUGAUGAUAUUCGGUUUUGCGCUUUACUCUCUCUUUCGCCAGUUCCUCUAUCCAGUCUUCCUUGCCAUUGUAUCCGCUCGCUUGGGUUUCAAGUACUUUGGUAUUCUCACAGGUGUUGGCUUUGCCCUUUCGGGGGUGGCCCAGUGUUUCAUGGCUUACAUGGUGGGAUUUGUUCAUUCCGCAACGAGCAAGGGUUGGAUCUGUUUCAAUAUAUUUCAGAUUGUGCUGAUGGGUUGCCUCAUGGCGGUUCCCCUUGCCGAUUUUCGUGAUAUGAAAUUGCGUGAAGAGAAGAUGAACCGAGCUCUUCGCAGCGGUAGCCGUAAGAGCUUGAGAAGCUCCAGUCGACUUGCAUCGUCGAGCACACCUCUGGUGGAAAAGAAAACAGCAGAAGAGUCAGACAGCAACCUUAGUGACGCAGACUAUGGAUCAACUGACAAGGGCAAAGUAGGCCUGGAUGUGUGGUGA